AUGUCCAGACCUGGACGUUCACCCGGAACCGUUCCCGGAUCUAGACGUUCACCCGGAACCGUUUCCGGACCUGGAAGUGUACCCGGAACAGUUCUCGAACCAGCACCUCCACCUGGAACAGUUCCUAGACAUGGACGUCCACCUGGAACAAUGUCCAGACCUGGAGGUUUACCCGGAACCGUUCCCGGACCUGGAGGUGCACCCAGAACAGUUCUCGAACCUGGGCCUCCACUUGAAACAGUUUCCAAACCUGCACCUCCAUCCGGAACAAUUCUGGAACUCGGACCUCUACCUGGAACAGUUCCUGAACCUAGACCUCUCCCUGGGACAGUUCGCAGUCCUGGACCCGAAGCUGGAACAGCUCCGGGAAUUUUCCCCUCACCUGGAAGAAUUCCUAGCACUUCAACUUAA